GGCGAAGACGCUCAGCACCCAAGACGGUCUCUGGGCGGAAGCCUCGGCCGCGGCACUCUCUUGGUUUGGGCUCCGCCAGGGUGGGCCGUGGGCUGCCUGUCGGACUGAGUUGGCGCGCCAAAGGGUCUGUUGCUGCUGCUUUUCCUGGGUUGCUUCCCCAAUCCCGCCCGUCUCUGGGGAGCCGAGUGGUGAAGGGACUCCGCUCCCCCUCUCGGGAUGAGUUGCCUCCCCUUGUGUCUGCCUCGCUCCCCAUGACGCAGCUCCUCAGCCCCGGGAGAGCAGCCGUUGGGGAUCCAGCCUCCGCGGCACGGAGAGGGCUGCUCCCCCGAUAGAGGGGACUCCGUCCCUGCGUGCUUGUCUCCUGCGGGGACCCCCCCAGACGGAGACACCGGAUCCCAAACCAGGAGGCGGGAUGACAGAGUCCACGUCCAACUGGACCUCCGGUUGCCACUAGGACUGAUCCGUGCGUCCUCCGGUGCCAGAAGCGGGUCCUGUGGUUGCGAGCAGCUGUGUGGGCAACGUCCAGGACUCGGGGUCCCGGUUUCUGUCGGGACUCGGGUCCUUCUCCGGAGCAUCCCGCGCAAGAGCGAGUGACGCCGCGCGGAGAGGGAGGCGGGUGGUUUGCAGCAGCCACGAGGAGAAAGAGGCUCUCCCCGAGGGGGACGCCAUGCAAGUUUCCUUCGUCUGCUCGGACCACAACAUUAAGAGCCGGAGUGCCGAGGACCGGCUCAACCGGCAGAAUGCCAGCAGCCCCAGCACCCGCGGCCGGUUCCGGGCGGUGGCCAUGGUGGCCAGGAGCCUGGGCCACCUCUCCAUGCACCAUGCACCGUCUUCCAGCGAGUCCAGCGUGAAACAGCCGGGCAUGAAAUAUAGAAAUCUCGGCAAGUCAGGACUGCGGGUUUCCUGUCUUGGUUUAGGAACAUGGGUCACAUUCGGAGGACAGAUCACAGAUGAGAUGGCGGAGCAGCUGAUGACGCUGGCCUACGACAACGGCAUUAACCUCUUCGACACCGCCGAGGUCUACGCUGCGGGGAAGGCUGAAGUUGUGUUGGGGAACAUUAUAAAGAAGAAAGGAUGGAGACGCUCCAGCCUGGUGAUCACGACCAAAAUCUUCUGGGGAGGAAAGGCUGAGACAGAGAGAGGACUUUCGAGAAAGCACAUCAUCGAAGGCCUGAAGGCUUCGUUGGAGCGCCUGCAGCUAGACUACGUGGACGUGGUGUUUGCCAACCGGCCGGACCCGAAUACGCCCAUGGAAGAGACGGUACGAGCCAUGACUCACGUGAUCAACCAAGGGAUGGCCAUGUACUGGGGGACUUCGCGCUGGAGCUCCAUGGAAAUUAUGGAAGCCUACUCAGUGGCUCGGCAAUUCAACCUCAUCCCUCCCAUCUGCGAGCAGGCGGAGUACCAUAUGUUCCAGCGGGAGAAGGUGGAGGUGCAGCUGCCGGAGCUUUUCCACAAGAUCGGUGUGGGAGCCAUGACAUGGUCCCCGUUAGCGUGUGGAAUUGUUUCAGGGAAGUACGAUGGAGGAAUCCCACCCUACUCCCGAGCGUCAUUAAAAGGUUACCAGUGGCUGAAAGACAAGAUCUUGAGCGAGGAAGGCAGGCGGCAACAAGCCAAGCUGAAGGAACUGCAAGCCAUUGCCGAACGGCUCGGCUGCACUCUGCCCCAGCUUGCCAUUGCCUGGUGUCUGAGGAAUGAAGGUGUCAGUUCGGUUCUGCUGGGAGCUUCCAAUGCUGAUCAACUAAUGGAGAAUAUUGCAGCAAUACAAUUUCUUCCCAAACUCUCCUCUUCUAUUAUCCACGAGAUCGAUAGUAUUUUGGGUAAUAAGCCCUACAGCAAAAAGGACUACCGGUCAUAAGCGGGGAUCCCGUCCACCUGGACUCUUCCUCCUCAACUCCUAGCCUCUCCCGUCCGCUUGCUUUAGCUGUAUCGAAGCCCAGUCUGAUCUGCACCCAAGAAAAACCACAACACGUCCGAAGACGUCCUCGAGAAACCGUGUCCAAAUCGUCACCGGACUGCGUAGGCUUCUUAACUUUUUGAUUCUCUGAAUGCAAGAAACGCCACACCGGUUGGGAAAGGGCAUGUGGGAGGUUAGGUCAGUCUCAGUGACAUGCUUCCUUGUCUUUUAAAAAAAGCAGCAGCUCUUAGCUUCUGGGUUAUUUUGUUUUAUUUCUUCUGACCAACUCUUGUGCACACAGAGAUAAUGCUUCAUCUGGGAUUUCUUCCCUCAGUUUGACUAGCCGGGGCUGGAACCUCUUUUACUUUAUUCUGUUUUAAAUGGGCAGAGUUAAGGUGAUGGUUAAAUACAUUAUUCGUGCUAUAGAAGGCUGGCUAGUAGAGCUUCCUGGGAUGUGCCUUGGCUGGCCCCCUGGGCGUGUUUAGCCACUGCUUUGGGGAUGACCGCUGGCCUCCUUCCCAACCAUCUCCUCUGCUCCGAUUUCAACUUUGUUGUUGUUGUUGUUGUUGUUUACAUAUGUGAGUGAGACGGAUUCAGAGCGAAUCGGCCAAGCCACAAGUGAGGAGCAGGGGGAACGUUGCUCGCCUCGACUCUACGAGGUCCCGUGGACCUGUCGGCAAAACGAUGCGUGCUUUCUGUAGUGCCUACGUUGGGUCUUGUGGGCCGCGGAGGCCUCCCUUGGAGCCCCGGAAAAGGUUCUCGCAGGCAGGAGACGAAUCGACUUCUCUUCGGCAAGGCCGGGGUAGCCGUUCAAGCAGAAAGCCAGGGGGGGGGGCCCGGCUGAGCUGGGAAAGAGGAGAAGGCGUCGGCUGGCUGCUGGAAGCCAGCUGCUGCCUUGAUGUCCUUUGCAACAUCUGCAAAAAAGACAGGCAGCAGAGCGGUCCAACCCCACCUUUCCUGCCUGGAUGCUGCCGCCACUCCUCGGGAUCAGCUCCGACCGGGUUCACAGGGGUCAAGAAAGCUCGGUUUUCCUCCCUGUGCCGCACCAGGAACAUUGAGACGGGGGUCCCCCAGGCAGGGCAAUGCCAGGGGAGGAAGGGGGGGGGAGUGCCACGUCGCCCGCCCUGCCCACGUCACCCCCACUCCCUUGAGAGCGAGCAGCCCUUGGCUUUUUCUGCUGAUGCCUGGAUCGUGCCUUAGUUGAACUUUUUUGUGUUGGGGAGAAGGAACACAGUCCCGCCCCCUCCCCAAAACAGCUCUGAUUUUUUUAAAAAAAAUGCCACACUCGAUCCAGCUCUCUUUUACUUUCAGUAUGCAAAUCUGUAUUCAGCGACUCCAAGACAGCUAGAAAGAGACUUCCCUUGUCCCAAAGACCAAACGAUUCAGCGUUACUGGCAGGCUGUGCUUCCAGGAAUUCCACGGUCUUUCCCCUGCCUCCUGUAAUGUAGACGGCCCCUUCAGCAACAGGCAUGACUGGGGAGAUUUUUGCAGAGAUGGACGCAAAAGGAGGCGUUUUGUCAGUCCACCCGCUUGCUGACUCUUGCUUGUUCUCUCCCUCUUUUCAAGGCCCCCCCUCCCACUUCCAUUGGCUUCCUCUUCAUUAUAGGAACGUAGGAAGCUGCCUCCUACUGAGUCAGACGCUUGGUCCUUCUGGCUUAGUACUGUCUACACUGACUGGCAGCAGCUCUCCCAGGGUUCAGGCAGGAGACCCGCCAGGCAAUGCCUCCAGGGAUCUCCACGGGAUGCCCACAAACAAGUUGAACUCAGAACAACUUGUUCCAGGUUGUAGGAGAGAGGGGCCCUUUUCAUCUCCAGGACCAACCCGAGAAGAAUGAACUUAAUGGUUGAAUCGGCUGAGGAGGGAGAUACCAGAACACAGUUGUGCAGACUAACUGUGGCGUGCCCAAGACCUUAAGAUGCUUGAUUUAGGACGACCACCUCUGUGUAAGGGAUGCCCAUCGGCUAAGCCUGUCCUCCUCCUGAAGGGUUCGUUUGUGGACAUCCCUGUGGAGAUGCCCACAAACGGGAUGGGCCCUUCUGCACGGGAAGCAGAUGCCCAGCCACUUGCUUGGGCCGGGUUCAGUCCUUGGCAGCAUCUCCAGGUCGGGUUGGGAAAGACUCCUGCCUGAAACCUGGGAACGCUGCUUCUCCUGGCCAUGGCGAGCCAGGGGUGGAGUCAGGCAGGAAGCCCUGGCACCUUUCCGUCGUUUUAUUUUUCUUGGGAGGACAACCAGGGUGUCGUCCAAGGCUGCCCACGCCCAAGAGGGGGUGGAAGCCAACGGUCCAAUCCCGGAGCUCAGGGGCUGCCGGUUGGGGAGCGAUUCAGAACGCCGGCCUGGCUCGAAGUGCAAAGCGGGUUCCUUUGUGGCGUUUGGUUUCUUUGUUACUUGUCGGCGGGUAGGGUAAAUCCGGCACGUGGCCAGGCCGAGCCACGCACCGCUUGUGUUGUGUUUUUUUUAACAGACGUGGGUUCUUGUGGAUAAGUAUUUUUGUAUGUGUCGUCUUUGCUCUCCAAAUUGUUUCCAGUGAGGAGCUUCCUUCCGACACGUGGCCUGAUGACCCCACCCCACCCCACCCCUAGACACACUCUGGAGGUCCCCCCUGCAAGAGAUUGUCACUGUCGGUUCUUUCUCAGCACUGCAGGGGAUGAUCACCUUCCACUCAUGGCGGAUGGAAGCAGGGGCGUAGCUAUAAUUGAGCAGAGGGGUUCAAAGAACUUGGGGGGCCCAGCUCCACCCCUCCCUGCUUUCUUAAUUAUCUCCCUCACGCCGAAGGGAGAGGGGCAAACACAGACCCUCUUUCUCCCCUAGCUAUGUCCCUGGAUGGACGUCUCCUUUGCCAUGAGUCUCACUCAAGUCAAGUUCCACCAGACUUCAUGAAAAGGUGGCGUUCACCCACAUCAAGGGGAAUGGACAUCCGCCAUUCUUUAGCGAGCAGGAGACGGGUCAGGAGAAGCAUCCCUGCCUACGGUUUGUACUAGGCCUGUGCAGUCAGAUCGUCUCAACCGGCAUCUUGGACGGAUAGUCUUGAUAGAGGGACGAUCGGAAUCAAUUCCACGAACAACAGGAGUGAGACUCCAGAUUUGGAAGCCUGACUGGAUUCCUUCCUCUUGUUCUGGAAUCAUUUUCCCUUCUGAUAAGCCCCUCUCAGCUGGAGAGCAUUUCCAAACGACCUGCUCGCUGUUUCUUGGCUGAGAAGUUGGAACAGGCCAUUUAAAAAUCAUUUCUGUGGGAACAGGUGGUUUGGACAGCAUGCUGUCUUGAAAGGGGCCUCAAACCACCUGGUUUUAAGAAAGCAAGCUGUCAAAAUCCUUCCCAUUCCCCAGAGGGGCUUUCCCCGCUGGGGUUGCAUUUCGAGAAAGCAAGCGGUUAAAAUCCCACCUUUUGAACUCAGCCUCUGACACCAAACUUUGACCAUCUGGACUUGACCUUGACCUUGACUGUCGCAGAACACGCUCUGCUUGAGCGUGAGAACUUGGCCUUGAACGUGUUCCAAUUCAAGGUCUGAUGGUCGAGUUGCUUUGGUGACAGUCAGCUUCAAAGGGAGAAUCAGGCACGGUGAGAGGUGGCAACCCCCACUCUUUCAGUAGGUCCCUCUGGGGUGGGGGGUUGCCCCCCUCCCACCAGCCCCAUUUCAAGAAUGGACCACUUUCUUAAAGGGCCAGCCCUACACUCUCGGCUAAGGAGCAGCUUAAAAGGAAAAGGGAAUCACUUUCAAAUCCCAGGACUAUCAGAAAAUUAUCAGAUUUCUGAUCCAGCUGGCCUGACAAUUUUCCUAUCAGGUUGUCUCAGAUCUGAUCAUUUCCAGCAGGCACAGGCCUAGUCUCUGCCCUGCCUGCCCAGGGUUGGCCCUCCUGUACCUCCCACUGGAGACGACGGGAGAUGUCGUACAAAAACAGCUGGAAAGCUGAAGUGGGCCAGGCCAGGUCUAAACCCAUAUUCUUUGAGCGGAGCUGAAAGCUGGAAAGAAAAUGGGACCCACAAACUUUGGAAAGAGUACAGAAUCCUACGGAAUGGUAGGCUUCCACGCCCUAUGCAAUUCCUCUUCAACUUUCACAUACCUUGAGACCCUUCACCACCUGGCCCUGCUAAGAGGACGGGUCUCCUUCCUUUUUUCUGCAACUGCAAGACCGUGAAUUGCAGAUUAAAAUGCAACUCCUUUGCUUUGCAGAUCUAGAAGUCUAGAUCUAGAAUUUAGGCCCAACAAGCGGAAGUACUUUCCCACACAAUCCUAAUCACCCAAACGUUGCUGGACCACAACUCUCAUCACCCCCUGCCCCUCUCGAUUUCAAGGUCUGAGAUUUCCGCCCGAGCUUGACGGUCUCUGCCGUCGGUCUCUCAACGUUUUUCUUACGUUGAAGCAAUACAACCCAACUUCCACCCCGGCUGACUAGGGUUCAAAUCAAGAGAAAGCGACAGUGGCAUGAGGCAGGGGUGCUAAAGGGUGGGUCCCCGAAGGCCAUUGUGUCUGGGGAUGAUGGGAGUUGUAGUCCCACACCAUCACUUGGGGGCCCACACUUGAGACUCCCUGGCGUAAGGAGUCGUCAAACCGGGGGACACCAGAGUCCGGCUUAGGUGCCUGUCUUCCCCUGCAAGACAUUCAACAAGGUCUCGACUGCUUCCCGCCACCUUACCACGCGGUCAUCCGUCUUAGCCACACUGUCAACUACCUUCUCUUGGCCACAGAAAUGCCGCUGCUGCAGCCAGGGGCGGGUAGGAGGGAAUCUGCCUCUGUCAAACUUUCCGAUGUCAUUUCUGUUGGGUUCCAUGUAUGUAAAUACAAAUGGUUUUCUUUUUUUAAAUCUAUGUACGUCCCCAAAAAUAAAACAAAACAAACCAACCCCGCCUCUCUAGAGAAGACAUAUACGACUGUGAGAGCGAAGCUAACUGCAUAACCUUCUAGGCAACGGCUGCUGGUCCCCCUCCAUUGCGCUUCUCGACAAUUUGGACUGAUAAGGCAGCUUCUGUAUUUACGGAAUGAACCAAUAAAAGAAACAGAAAUAUCAAGCCUUA